UCAGGGCUUUUCUCAGCUUGAAUAAGCCCAGGAAUUCAAAUGCAAGAGUUAGAAGGCUUUUUACCAUCAGUUGCCUCUCAUCAUCAUUACUUUCCCCCGUCCCCACUCAUACCAUGGCCAGAGUAUGCCCCAGCUCUGCUUCUCAUCCCACACAUGUCUCCUUCUACAUAUUAAGAUCUCCAUUCGACUCUUGUGGGUAGCCAUCCUUCACUCACUGUGGACAGAGUUUUGCAAGGUUGUGGAGUAGGAGCUGUCAGCUGAUCCUUACUCACAUGAGAACCAUUAAGAGGGUGGUGUGGCCAAUGUCAGAGCAACCUUGCAGCUGAAGGUUUACCCAGAGCCACAUGAGCUGGGCUCGUGACUAGUGAAGGCAGGGCUGCUCGUAAACUCAGCUCGGGAUGCAGUUGGUGUGAGUCAGUGCAAGCUGCUGGACCUGUUGAGUGCGCUUGAGUGCAGGCAGAGGAAAAGCAGGGAGAGAUUUGUACUUGUCUACUUUAUUAUGGGUUUACUGAGAGCACAUCCGCUUCUAGAAGUCAUCCUGGGCUUCAUUUGCAUGAUGAAUGAACGUCCCUUUUUUUAAGCUCCCAAAAGAGGAAGUUAGUAGUAGCUGGGCUCACGUGCUGUGCUUGGAGGGAAAUGGUCUUUAGUCUGGAGCUGCUGCUGCUCGGCACCGUGGCAUAUCCCUCAGAUAAUGAAGGAACUUUCCAGAGUGGGCUAGUCCACACUGCUGGUCAGGAUCAACUGAAGAGCAUCUGUGCUCUCAGGAGAUGUGUGGUGGUACAGCAGACAGCACAAACUGGCCAGUAGGCCAACAGGAGUCAGCCAGAUGUCUGACCGAUGCGACUUACAGUGCUGGGAGGAUUUUCAAGACACUCGUAUGUGCAAAGAUUCCAAAAUGUACCAGAGGAGGACGCGACACAAAUUCCACAGUGCUCAACCACAGUUGGUCGUGUUCGGAGUUCGGCUUGAGUGACAUCCGCCUGCUAGUUUACCAGGACUGUGAGAGGAGAGGCAGACAAGUCAUGUUUGACUCCAGAGCCGUUCAGAAGAUGGAAGAGGCGGCAGCUCAGAAAGCAGAGGAUGUUCCUAUUAAAAUAUCAGCCAGAUGCUGUCAGGAAAACAGCAGCAGCAGCGUCAGCAGCAGCAGCGGCAGCAGCUCUUCUCAUGGCUUUGGAGGAUCUUUACAACACGCUAAGCAACAGCUUCCAAAGUACCAAUACACGAGACCAGCAUCUGAUGUCAGCAUGCUUGGGGAGAUGAUGUUCGGCUCGGUUGCAAUGAGUUACAAAGGCUCCACCCUGAAGAUACACUACAUACGAUCUCCUCCACAACUGAUGAUUAGUAAAGUCUUUUCUGCUACAAUGGGUAGCUUCUGUGGAAGUACAAAUAAUCUGCAGGACAGCUUCGAAUACAUUAACCAAGAUCCUCAGGCUGGAAAACUGAACUCAAAUCAGUACAAUUUGGGUCCUUUUCGUACUGGAAGUAACCUAGGUCUGCUGCAGGUGUGCAGCGGCAAACUGCUGCAGGGGUUGUCUGAAGGAGGACCUCUCCGGCUCACCCGGAGCGCUUCUUUCUUUGCAGCACACAGCACACCUGUUGAUAUGCCAAGCAGAGGGCAGAAUGAAGACAGGGACAGCGGCAUUGCUCGAUCAGCUUCACUGAGCAGCCUUUUGAUCACGCCCUUCCCGUCUCCGAGCUCCUCUACAUCCUCUUCCAGCAGUUACCAGCGCCGCUGGCUCCGAAGUCAGACAACGAGUUUGGAAAAUGGCAUCUUUCCAAGGAGGUCAACUGAUGAGACAUUUAGCUUGGCCGAAGAAACGUGUAGCUCUAAUCCAGCCAUGGUUAGAAGGAAGAAGAUCGCCAUCAGCAUCAUCUUUUCCUUGUGUGAGAGAGAGGCCGCACAGCGGGAUUUCCAGGACUUCUUUUUCUCCCACUUCCCCCUGUUUGAAUCUCACAUGAACAGGCUGAAGGGUGCAAUCGAAAAGGCCAUGAUCUCCUGUAGGAAGAUCUCUGAAUCAAGUCUCCGAGUCCAGUUCUAUGUGAGCCGUCUGAUGGAAGCACUGGGAGAAUUCAGAGGGACUAUCUGGAACUUAUAUUCUGUUCCAAGGAUAGCAGAACCAGUUUGGCUUACCAUGAUGUCAAACACCUUGGAGAAAAACCAGCUCUGCCAGCGCUUUCUCAAGGAAUUUAUACUUCUGAUUGAACAAGUCAACAAAAACCAGUUUUUUGCUGCCUUACUGACUGCGGUGUUAACCUAUCACCUGGCCUGGGUACCAACUGUCAUGCCUGUUGACCACCCUCCCAUUAAAGCCUUCUCGGAGAAGCGUACCUCUCAGUCAGUGAACAUGCUGGCCAAAACACAUCCAUAUAAUCCUCUCUGGGCGCAGCUGGGUGACCUUUAUGGAGCUAUAGGCUCUCCGGUGAGACUGACUCGCACGGUGGUGAUUGGGAAGCAGAGGGAUUUGGUCCAGCGCAUUCUUUAUGUUCUGACCUACUUUCUCCGUUGCUCUGAACUGCAAGAGAAUCAGCUGACGUGGAGUGGAAAUCCCAGUGAGGAUGACCAGGUUAUAAACGGGAGCAAGAUUGUCACUGCCCUGGAAAAAGGAGAGGUGGAAGAGUCUGAGUAUGUGGUAGUUACCGUGAGCAGUGAGCCUGCUCUGGUACCACCAAUCCUACCACAGGGGACAACUGAGAGGAGGAGCCCUGAGCCUACAGUAGUAGCUGAGAUCUCGGAAGGCGUUAAUACUAGCGAACUGGGUCACAAACCUGAAAAGAACAGAUGCAAGAGGCCAGAGCAGAAUUCUGAGGCCAGUAGUAUGGGCUUCCGAGAGGCAGAACCUGACAGUUCAUGGAUACCUCAAGGCAUAUUCUGUGAGGACAAACAGAAUGACCAAGAGGCAGCCCAGGAUUGUUCUUCAAGUCCUCCCAGCUGUGAGGUGCCCAGGGUAAGGAGGAGGAUGGACCAACAAACCCUCCACUCGAAGCUGCAUGGGGAGAUGCUAAAGAAGCGAGCAGAGCGGUCAGCAGCCUGGCCCUGCCCUGACAGACAUUCCCAGGAGGAUCCUCCUGUCGAAAAGGUCACUUUCCACAUUGGGAGUUCCAUUUCCCCGGAGUCUGACUUUGAAAGCCGCACCAAAAGAAUGGAGGAGCGAUUAAAGGCCUGUGGACAUUUACAUGGGGCUAGUGCCUCUGCCAGCUCUAGCAUGGACGCUGGGCUGACUCAAGAGCAGCAGGGCUCAGGGUGCUCCUUCAAAGCUGACUUUGAAAAGGAUAUCACGCCUCAGGACCACUCUUCAGGGGGAGAAGGUGUCUCUGAGGACAGAGGCCUCCGGGCCAACAUGGCACAUGCUGUGGGACAACUUAGCCAAGUUGAUGGCCCCCUUGCACAUUCCCUUUGUGCUGCAGAAAGUGUCCAGAGACUGCCGGAACAGACUAGAGAUGUGCAAUUAAAAGGCGACAAAGGACCUUCAUCAGAGCCUGUUCCAAAUAGAUGUAGACAGCAGGAUGGCCUGCUGAUUGCUGAAGAUGUCCCCUAUGGGGAUGCCAGUGGUAAGGGCAACUACAGGAGCGAAGGAGACAUUCCCAGGAACGAGAGCUUGGAUAGUGCUCUUGGAGACAGUGAUGAUGAAGCGUGCGUCUUAGCCCUGCUAGAACUAGGUCAUAGUUGUGACAGGACUGAAGGGUCCUUGGAAGUGGAGCUGCCUCUGCCAAGGUCUCAAAGCACCAGCAAGCCAAAUGUUAGAAAUUUUGGCCGCUCACUUCUGGCAGGUUACUGCGCCACGUACAUGCCUGAUCUGGUGCUGCAUGGAACCAGCAGCGAUGAGAAGCUGAAGCAGUGCCUGGCAGCUGAUCUGGUCCACACGGUGCAUCAUCCAGUACUCGAUGAGCCCAUAGCCGAAGCUGUCUGUAUCAUUGCAGACACUGACAAGUGGACUGUCCAGGUGGCCACGAGUCAGCGGAAAGUGACGGACACCAUGAAGCUGGGCCAGGAUGUCUUGGUCUCCAGUCAGGUGUCCAGUUUACUUCAGUCCAUCUUACAGCUCUAUAAGCUUCACCUCCCUGCUGAUUUUUGCAUCAUGCAUCUGGAAGACAGACUGCAGGAGAUGUACCUGAAGAGUAAAAUGCUUUCAGAGUAUCUCCGGGGACACACGCGUGUGCAUGUGAAAGAGCUGAGUGUGGUGCUGGGGAUUGAAUCCAAUGACCUGCCUCUGCUGACGGCCAUCGCCAGCACUCACUCUCCGUACGUGGCACAGAUCCUCUUAUAGCCGACUACAGGACAGCUCUCAUUGGAAAAUGAGACAGGAUGGAGGAUGCUCUCAGUGACGGCAGAGGCGUGAGGACAUGGAGCAGUCACCCCUCGUUGUUCCUGUGGCUGCUGCCUAGUGGCUCUUACACUGGGAAGCCUGUGUCUACUCCAUGCAGUGGGAGUUUGUGAUUGUUCAGGAACACACGCCAUUGUCUCCCAGGAAUCAGAAGAAAGUAACCUUUCUGGCAGGAGGGAAGUGUAAGCAACACUGUCAAACUAGAUAGACGUGCCCAUGCUGUUGGGUAGAAUCCUGAGGGCUGACUCUGGAGUAGGGGUAACCAAUGUCUAGAACAUUCCAGUAGGAAAGAGUUUCCUGUUCAGACGUGAGAGAGCAUGAAGAGUUGCUCUAAGAACGAGUUGUGGCUUCUAGGUCAGAGCUCUUCUACGAACAUUGACCUGAAGAAAGCCAUGUUGUGCCACUGUCAGCCUGGAGCUACAGCAGCUACUGUUGGACAUAGGAUGUGGAAGAGGGUUGCCUGUUGAGAAGAGAGUGCUCCGGAAACCCACGGUUGACACUUCUCAGAGCUUCCUGUAGAUUCAGCACAGCCACCUGCAGGUCUGAGAGGGAUUCAGUAUAGCACCCUGUCCUGCCAGGUGUUUUGGAGUAUGUAGUCUAGCACUGGAACUCGUCUCUGGCUUUAGUGUCUUUAACCUUCUCCAGAAAGACCUUUUUACCAAAGUUGUUUCCAUGAGUUCAGGCGAUCUUCCGUGGCUGAGCUCGCCCAGCGCAAGCCUCUUUCCUCCUAGCCGGCUGUGCAGAUGUCUGUUUGUGCUGUAAGGGGCCGCUGCCAGCUGGGGAGUGGACUUGCUCUGACAAGGAUAGCAGGCAGCCGGAACAUUUAGAAGUGAUCCACAAGCGAUCUAGGUUUUUAUAUGAUCAGUUCUGCACUUUUUAAUCCCUCUCGUAUUCUUUAAAAAAAAAAAUCUUUCUAGAAAUUAACUUGACCAUUUGUAAAACUUACCAAAGUGAAGAACUGUAAAAGCCCAACUGAUCAUUGAACCUACAGAACCUUAGUUUACUGACCAUAAGACAGUCCAUGUUCAAAUACUUUAAAAACAAAAAUUCUGCUGUUGAAAAGACAGGAGCUAUUCAAGUAAAGUCAAACACUGUCAGCUCCUCGGUCCUUCCCACGAGUCUCUGGUGCCUGAGAAUGUGGGAGAGCUUCUAGGGGCUCUGUAGUUUAUCUUGGAGCAAAUCCUGAUCCAUGUGACAUGUCUGUCUCUCCUCAUUACAAAUACAAGUUAGUGGAGACCAUGUGCUCCUUAUGCUACUGGGGACAAAUGCCUACAUCAUCUCUUAGAAGUGGGCCAGAGUGUGGACGCUCUCGACCCCCUCCCUCCCUUUCCUCUUUUCCUCCCCCUCUCGCCCUGAGCAUCUCUCAUUUUUUGUGAUAUGUAAAAAUAGGUGGUUCUUCCAGGCCCUUAAGAUUUUUAAUUUGCAUUUUUGUAUUUCACAAAGUUGAAGUGUCCUAUUCUUUUACAUCUCUUUCCACUUUCUAUCACCUGGCAUUUGUUUGCUAUUUUCCAUUUCCUGGCUCCAUGGUACCAUUGUUUGCCAGGGAGCCCCACAUGUGGCCCGCAGAGCUGUCAACGCAGAUUUCCUAGACACCUGUGCCAGCUUAGAGCUCGCCCUUCUUUCUCCUGGCUUCUCUCGUUUACACAUGGACUCGGCCUCACCAGCUCCUGAGGUUGGGGAGAAAAUAGCUCAGUACAGAAUCAGUUUGGUCCUCGUGCAGAUGUAGUGACAUGUCGACAGCUAGACUCGGGGAAUUGAGCUGUCAUCAGGUUAAUUCUCAGCUUCAUGAAGAAAGACUUAGCCCAGCACUUCAAAGCCUGAAAAAAAUUAAACCUGCCUCUUAAUCUAGUGUUCCAAAUUUCAGAAGAAAAGUCGGAAACCCUGGGCUCACGUGGGUUAUCUCAGCGUCCCACCAUCACUUGCAGAGAAAGAUGCGCUGCUCUUCUCCUGGCUCCCACGGUGUGGGUGAUGAUGUGUCCUUUGUCUUAAAUUCAGCCUCUUCUCAGAAGCGGGGAAAAACAAUAAACAAAGCAUCUCAUGGACUUGUGCUGACUCGGAUGGUGUCAUUCUGUCAUAGCCGAAGAGUCCAAAAAGGUAUCCCACCUAGGCAUAACUCAAGGGGAAAAAAAUCUUUUUUUAAUGUUUAAAUAAAGAAAUCUACCUCAGUUGACAGGAUUCCACCUACCCUGGGUUUCUUCAGCUCUUCAGUCUUACCUGUUAGGUGUCACUGGGCAGCACUCUGCUUGUCUGACCAAGCAGGCUAGCGAGGCACAGCAGAGCAGAAGUGUCUCAGUGUCCUGUAAUGACCUCUUCUAGCAUGUUGCAGUUUUAUAUUUGUUAAGUUGAUAAGUGAUAUGAAUGUAUAGGCAAUUGUGUAUGUUUUCAAAAAGGACAAUGAAAAUUUAAAAUGUAGCUUCCACACUUGUGCAUAAUUCCAAAGUAUCUUAUUUUAUCAGUGUUCAAUAGCUUUUGUACAGCUUCAGCCCAUUUUCCAGACGUGUGCUGUUUUGUACGGGAGGUAACUCAUGAUCUCACAUCUCACGGAGCUGCGUUUACACAUCGCAAAUUUUUAACUUAAUGUGUUUUUCAGAAUUAACUUUUUUGGAGGGAGGACAUUCCCCACUUGCUAAAUGAUACUAAACUGUUGUCUGGACUCUUAAAAAUCAGGUCUUUGGAUUUUAUAAACUAGUCUGUAGCUUUUUAGGUUCUUCAUUGGUCGGAUGUACAUAGAGAAUAUAAAACAACUCUCAGAUUCUUUUAAGCGUCUGAAGUUUUCCUUGGAUGCACACUUGGUCGGAUAUUAUGUUCACGCAGACUUUCAGCAUUAAAUUGAAAAGGUCCACUGCUUCUCUUAGUUAAUGUGAACCCUUUGUUUUUAUUGUGUUUGGUGGAGAAGAAUAAUACACUUCUUGCCUAAAUCCAGAAGCCCCCUUUGAAUGUUAAUUUUUUAAAAUGUUAAAAUUUGGUGAACAUCUGGAACAUGUAUUUUCAUUAUUUUUAAAUUUCAGUGUUUUAAAAAGCAGACCAUUCUGUGGUGUGUUUUUAUUGAUCUUUCAUUAAGAGAAAUUGAUAGGACUGGUUUUUGUUUUUGUUUUUGUUUUUUGGCUUUUCGAGACAGGGUUUCUCUGUAGCUCUGGCUGUCCU